UCCUUGUUUAUAAUAGUGAGUGUUAAAUUGUUAUUUCCUGGUUGAGAUUGCUAUUGAAGUUCCAUCGUAGUAAAUUUGAGUGACCAUUUGGACCAUAAAAAGUUUGAUCCGGACUUUGCUUUUCUGGUUUAUUGGUCAGAACAAUUGUCUUAAUGGAAUCAAAUUGUAAAAGUAUUCAUGAUGAUAGAAGUGGAGUUAGCUGGCAUGAUUUGAGUAAGUCAGACUAUGCCAAAGUUAUUUUCUGUGAUUUAUAUAAUUUACAUCGCAACAAAGUUGGAUGCAGAUUCCAGAUCACAGAUAAUGUGCAUGAAGACCCCUGUGACUAUAUUGGACUUUUUCGUGUUGGAUAUGACAAUAUUUCACAGUGCCUUAUUUUUAAAUUGCUGUCUGAAACAAAAUGUGAAGAAGAUGGAAAACAACUUUGCUGUGAAUUUAAAUGGGAUGAAUUACCAAAACUUGAACAUGGUUUUUAUCAAUUUGUGUAUAUCACAUGUGAUAAAGAAAUCUGUGGAGCCAGCAUGCCUUUUGAAAUAAGGGGUUCUGAUGCCCAAAAUGAUUCAUCUGAUGAAGAUAUAGUGGCUGAAAAUGUUGAAGAUGAUUAUAUUCUUGUGAAAUCGAAUGCAAAAGAAAAAGUUACUCUGUUGCUUAGUUUGCUCGAUGAAUAUCGUGUAAAAAAUCUCACCCUCUCAUCAGAACUGGAAAAAUGUACAGAAGAAAAAGCAAAAUUGAUGAAAGAACAUGAAGUAAGUUUAUUA